AUGGCAGACGAUUUCUUGAUUGGCAAGAUCCACGACCUGAGUGACCUGGAACUGGCAGCUCUGAUAUGUCUUGUUGCCAAGGAGCAUUGUAUUAUUGAUACAGAGCCAGAUGCCCUCGAUGAGUUGGUGGAAGAGCUCGAACUGGUAGAUAACACCUUACCCUGCGCAUGUACAAUCGCUGAUUCUGAUCAAGGUGGCAGCAAAAGUCUUUGGCCUUUCCCAUGCAGUAAUCGAUUGCUCUGAACAUACCACCCUCGAUGACUUUGCACACGCAAUCCUCUCCGUAGAUGAGAACCCAACUCGAUCAAACUCCCCCGUAUUGUCAAGACGAGACUCGAGACAAGAUUCAUACUUUUUACACGCGCCAACAUUCCAGCCCAUCACCCGAUCGCCAGUAUCCGAAGGAUUUGGGGAGAAUAAGUCAAUUGCGAAUGUGAUUAUAGCCAAGAACCUUGAUGAAGCUCCCAAGCAGGUUCAAAUACAGGCGUUGGAGCUUAUGCGGACCAAACGGAUAUAUACAAGAACCAAUGUUCAGAAUUCGCCAAAACGAUUUCUGUUCAUUGCGUUGUUGGCAGGUGGUCAAGGACCCAGAUUGACAAAGCAUUUGAACGAUCAUAUGUUUAUUUCACACUUCCACGAUCCCGAAGACGGCUUUCCGAACUUGGAAGAGAGAUUUGACGAUGGGAAUUCGAAUUCAUCAGUGGUCAAGAAAAGUCCAAGUCUCGAUGCUGGAUCUUUUCUAUGGCCAACAAUUACAGCAGAGGUAUGGAUGGGUAUGGGCUUUAGCAGAGACGUUUUCUAAUUACAGGCAGGAUAUUGAGCGUCUUUCCGAGCUCAGUGAGAACGCUACAGUGACCGUAGAAGUGCUGGCGUAUCAGCAGAAUAUCAUAGCCUUUUUGCGAGUUCACCGAGCUGUAGCGGGUGGUAUAUCAGCCACAGCAACAGCACAUUUCGAGAAGCUCUCAAAGCAUGCAUGCCUUUUUCCUAUGAAAUGAAUACUCGGCGCUAACCAAUUACCUAGAUGUCUCGCUCCCCUCCAUAAUCUGGCAUUCGCUACUCCUUCGUUGAUUGCAUUAGCUACGAGGAAGAUCUAUCCACAUCGUAUACAUAUUGUCCGACCAGAAAGGGAACGAAGUAUGCAAUGGGGUAGUGACGUGGAUACCGUCGCGGCUCUUUUGGAAGGAAUCGGACCGGAGGACGUCAUUGAAGAUGUAUUGGGAAAUUCUGGAGUGGAAGCACCACUUUAG